AUGACUGAAACAUCAUCAUCCUUGAAUCCUUAUGCAGCAGCGUAUAUCCCACUGUCCAGGAGAGCUGUAAUUGGUGAAAACAAAAAUUGCUCAUUGACAGAAAAAGAUUCUGAUGUUGUCAGUGAGACUUUGUGGGAAGACCAAUUUAAAAAUAUGACACUUAAUCAAAGCAAAGCAUCUCAAAAUUACAUUGAUCAUGGUAUCCUCGCUUCUGAGCUGACGAAGGGUAAUACUUUUCAUAGCUCUUAUGGUUCGUCAUCCCAAAAUUCAAGCAAAAUCACAGAAAAGCAAAUCAUGGAUGAUGAAUUUGACAUGGGUUUGGCAUAUCUUCAAAUGAAGUUUCCUGGGAUAUCUGAUAAUUCCCUUUAUGAGAUUUAUUUGGCAAAUAGUGGAGACUUGGAAGCCACAAUCGACAUGUUGCACCAACUUGAGUUGAAUUAA